UUUCGAGAUUGUGUGACGUACGUGAAUCAUCAUCGCCAUACGUUUUGUACGACUGUUCUGGUCUGUGUCUGUGCAUUGUGCGGUAUUCGGUUUCCUUGGCAGCCUUUCGUCGUAAAACAGCUUCCCAUGCCGGAGGUUUUUGUUCGAUAGAUAUGUUGUACAAGAAUGCACGUCCCGGUUAUAAGAGGUUUAUAAAAAAAUCAGCUACGAUCUUGCUCGCUAUCGAAGUAUUAGGUUUCGCUGUCACCUACGCUGGGUGGCAAAGACUCAACACAAAUAGAGAUUUUCGACAUUACAUAAAGGAGAAUUAUCCCUCGAUUUUGGAAAACUAUUACCAGCUGGGCGAGUACCUAAGCGGCGACAAAACAAUUCGCAAUCACGACGAGCUGGUCUGGAAGCAAGAAAAGGCUUCCCUUGCUGCCACCGCUACGACUAGCAAGUAAAUAAACGAUGAAUGUGUACAUCAAAUCCGCAGUUUAUCUAGCAGUCUUCGGUGGAAUUGGAUACGUGCUGCUAGAAAUUACUAAACCUAGUCAGGCAAAAAUCGACGAAAUCAAGCAAAAGCAAGCUAGUUCUGGGCAAGCAACUGGCCAGA